GAUGUAAUACAUUUGGGCCUUCAUAAAAUGAAAUAAUUCAAGAGAUAUUGGGCCAAGCGGCUUGGAACAGAAUCAUGGGCUGAGCCUGAUUUGUAACGGCCCAAACUUCUCCAAUAACGGACAUAUGCAUAGCAACACCAGCACGUGUAAAAACUGUUAGCGUGCCAGUGCCACCCACCUUCUCUCUUACCAACCACAACCAAAACGACAAAGCUCAGAAUUGGGCCACAAAAAGAAAUGAAAGCCCAAAAACAAUAAUUAAUUAAUUAAUUAAUAAGAGAAAUGCAGACUUUUUUUUAAUGCAAAAACUUUGGAGAGUUGCUCCUCUAGUUCUCUCGCCGCUGCAAAUUCUUCAGUUACCAUCAGUUGGGAGAGAGAGAGAGGUAAAAAAAGAAGAAGGAAAAAACAACAGAAGGAGAGGAGAUAAAUCGGCAGAAAAUGUCGAGCUGGACGAUCGCUUUCAAGCCAUUCCACAUCCCAGCAUUCAUCAACCUCCCAUUCCGUCAUCCCCAAUUCGCCAUCGGCGGUGUUUUUGUCGGCUCCACCGCCACCCUCUGCCGCUCUUCCUCUCCUUUCGCUUCCAUGUCCACCUUCACCCUCCCCUCCAAAAAAGAGGCUGUCAAGACUGAAAAGGCGCCGGCCGCUCUUGGCCCUUAUUCUCAAGCUAUCAAAGUCAACAACCUUGUGUUUGUUUCUGGGGUUUUAGGCCUCAUUCCAGAGACUGGGAAAUUCGUCUCCGAGGAUGUCGAGGGUCAGACGGAGCAGAUCCUCAAGAACAUGGGAGAGAUUCUAAAAGCUAGUGGCGGGGACUAUUCCUCAGUCGUCAAGACAACUAUCAUGUUGGCUGACUUGGGCGACUUCAAGAAAGUGAACGAGAUCUAUGCAAAAUACUUCCCUGCUCCAUUCCCAGCUCGAUCAACAUAUCAGGUAGCAGCAUUGCCCUUGAAUGCCAGGAUUGAAAUCGAGUGCAUUGCCGAACUUCCUCAGAAGAUCGAGGCUCAGCCUGUCUAGGUAAAACAAACUUGAAUGUAGUCUUAGAAGCUAGAACUUAACAAUAAGAGAGAACGGGGAGGGGUCUCAAUAGAUGUCAAUUGAUCACUAGGCGUUUUCAGUUGCGCAACCCUCUUGAAUAUCUGUGGCCACAAAACCGUUGUCCAGUUUGUUGUGAUUCAAUAGAGAGGUAGACCGUCCCUGUAAAAAAAUUUAUGGUACAACACUCGGGUGAGAGUUGAAUCUGUGAUGGAAGCACCACUUGUUAUCUGCAGUUUCGUGCUUUUGACGUUUGAAUGAGAUUUCUAGACAGUUUAAUCCGUUUCUUUUACUAGUGUCACCGGAUCGUGCAUUGGCUGUCGAAAAUCUGCCACUGGAGUGCACGCUAACAUCCCUGUAGUUGUACAUUGGAAGUGAGAGCAAAAUAAUAACUCGGAGCUUACUAUGGCUGAGUCUGUGGAGCGCUCUUGUGAUAGUGUUUUAAGCAGCCAGUGGUCAUUUGUUGCGUCUGUAAUGGUUGUCACGCCGGCCGGCGUACCACUGGUUGAACCUGUACCGAUCAUAAAAUCGGUAUGACCGGCAUGAUCGAUAUAUGAAUCUCUAAGUUAAAUGAUCUUAUAUUAGUGAAUUUAUUUGAUAAAAAGUAAUUUAUUAU